AUGCGAAGAGUGGACGAUUCCCAGGAAGACGAGGUCAAACGAUGUUACUUACCGCAUCAUCAUGUAGUGAAAGAGUCCAGUACCACGACUAAGGUAAUGGUUGUCGCUGAUGUCGAAAAAAUGUUUCGGCAGAUUAAUAUGCAUCAGAUAGAUGUACCCUUACAGAGUAUCUUGUGGAGGUUUCAGGCACAUGAAGAAAUGGUUAAUACGUUCGAGCUUACGACGGUCACCUACGGCACAAAACCAGCACCGUUUCUAGCCACACGGACACUCAAACAGCUGGCAUUUGACGAACAAGGUCGAUUUCCUCUUGCAGCACAAGCAGCAGAUGAAGACAUCUACAUGGACGAUGUAAUAUCUGGGGCUGGUGACAUCGAAACCGCUUUGCAGCUCAGGAUGCAAUUUGAUUCAAUGAUGUUGAGCGGUGGAUUCAGACUACGAAAAUGGGUUUCCAACUGCGAAAGGGUCUUGGAAGGAAUACCGAAGGAAAUUCGGGCACUACCAGAGGCGGACGAAAUUACUUGGGAUAAAGAUGAUACAGUUAAAACCCUUGGGUUAUCAUGGCUGCACAAAACGGAUUGCCUGAAAUUUCAAUUUACUAUACCUACACUUACACCAAAUCAAUUUCUAACCAAGCGCAUGAUUCUGUCUAUCAUCGCAUCACUCUUCGACCCCUUGGGGAUCUUGGAGGCGACCAUCGUAAUGGCCAAGAUUUAUAUGCAACAACUGUGGAACUAUCGUAACAAAGAUGGGCAACGUUUGGAAUGGGACGAAUCUAUACCUACAACGGUAGGUGAGAAGUGGCGAAGAUAUCAGCUACAACUGCCUUCGCUAAAUUUGCUUCGGAUUCCACGAUGUGCGGUCGCACCGAAAAGCGUAAAUAUCGAGAUCCAUUGUUUCUCAGACGCCUCUGAGAAGGCGUAUGGAGCUUGCUUAUUCCUUCGCAGUAGGGAUACCAACGGAAGAAUUACAGUCCAGCUUCUAACUUCGAAAUCGAAGGUAGCACCAUUAAUGGUUCAAACGUUACCGAGACUGGAGUUGUGUGGCGCUCUACUAGCGGCGCAGCUUGUGGAGAAAGUUUCGGAUGUAGUGAAGGGCUAUUUCGGAAAAUCAUUCUUGGCAUCACGUCUAAUAUCGCGUGGUAUUCUACCGAAUGCACUAGAAGGGAACAGUUUGUGGUGGGAGGGCCCAGACUGGUUACUGGAGGAAGCUGAUAAAUGGCUUAGUCAGCCGAAUAUUAAUUGUACUGAUGCACCAGAAAUGCGACGAAGUACAGUAACCGUUAUCGCCACUAAAUUGCCAACGUUCACAACAAGCUUCAUUGUAAAAUUCCCAUCCUACAGUCAGCUCAUCCGGGCCACUGCUUAUUGGUUACGGUUAAUUGCUAUCUUACAGCACAAGGAAAGCGGUAAGAGAAAGGGAUUUCUCAGUACAAACGAGCUGCGAGAAGCGGAAACUGUAAUACUACGGAAGGUACAGCAGGAAUCAUUUGGAGAUGACCUAAAUGCUCUGAAAGGUGGAAAAUCUGUUUCUCGUGGUUCCCCGCUUCGAUGGUUCAUCCCAGCUAUAGGGGAAGAUGGUAUUCUGCAGGUGCAGGUGGCAGGUUAA